AGCAAACGGUCCAAGGUGGAGGCGGUCAGCGGGACAGCGACGGUCCAAGUUGGAUGGCAAUCAGCGUGAGAGCAACAGUGCAAGGUGGGGUCGAUCAGCGGAACAGCAACGGUCCUAGGUGGAGGCGGUCAACGGGACAGCAACGGUCCAAGGUGGAGGCGAUCAGCGGGACAGCAACGGUCCAAGGUGGAGGCAGUCAGUGGGACAGCGACGGUCCAAGGUGGAGGCGAUCAGCGGGACAGCAACGGUCCAAGGUGGAGGCGGUCAGCGGGACAGCGACGGUCCAAGCUGGAGGCGAUCAGCAGGACAGCAACGGUCCAAGGUGGAAACGUUCAGCGGGACAGCAAUGGUCCAAGGUGGAGGCGAUCAGCGGGACAGCAACGGUCCAAGGUGGAGGCGGUCAGCGGGACAGCGACGGUCCAAGCUGGAGGCGAUCAGCAGGACAGCAACGGUCCAAGGUGGAAACGUUCAGCGGGACAGCAAUGGUCCAAGGUGGAGUCGAUCAGCGGGACAGCAACGGUCCAAGGUGGAGACGGUCAGCGGGACAGCAACGGUCCAAGGUGGAGUCGAUCCGCGGGACAGCAACGGUCCAAGGUGGAGACGGUCAGCGGGACAGCAAUGGUCCAAAGUGGUGGCGAUCAGCGGGACAACAACGGUCCAAGGUGGAGUCGAUCAGCGGGACAGCAACGGUCCAAGGUAGAGGCGGUCAGCGGGACAGCAACGGUCCAAGUAGAGGUAAUAGGAUCACCGGAACAGCCGAUAACGAUUCGAUUCAAUUUCAACACCGCGAGCCUUGCUUCUGGGUAUGCAGACGAUUCUUUGAAUCGUCCCACCAGGGGUACCAAAUUAUGUGUAGGACGCUUCACCUGUGGUAA